AUGGGAGACUUCUACCAGUUCGCCCCCGUGCGGGAAACAAGCCUCCUGAUCAACAGACCGCCGGACCGAACACAGACCCCCCUGCGACAAGCGACCAUCUCUCACCACAGCGGCUGCAGAUUGUGGCAUCUGUUCAAAACCGUUGUGCUCCUCGAAGACCAACUCCGGGCACGCAACGAUCCCCAACUUCGCGCACUCCUGGAUCGAGUUCGUAACGGGCGCCAGACGCAGCAAGACCUCGACUUGCUCAACGAAAACAUUGUAGGACGCUCCCAAAUCACCUUCCACGAUGGUUUGCGUGCUAUAACGCCACUGAACCGCACCCGCUGGGCCCUCAACAUGGAAGCUGUCGUGGGCUGGGCGCGCUUCAACAAGCGGCAUAUCCGGAUCUUUGUCUCGACUCACACCUGGCGCAACGGCACGCUUUCUCCAAACAUCGUAGCGCGAACCAUAGGACAAGGUGACGACUCCGCUUGCAAGGUCCCCGGCGUCUUCUUCUACGCCCAGGGCAUGCCUGUGGUUGUGAACAAGAACAUCUACACUGGCUUGAAAGUUGUGAAUGGGGCCGACUUUACUGCCGUGGACGUAAUACUCGAUCCCAAUCACCCAGGAUACCACUUGGCGGAUGACGUGACCAUCCACUUCGGGCCACCGCUCGGCAUUCUUCUGCAGUCCGAGGAGACGAAGGCCUUGGCGAUACCGUCCCUCCCGGUGGGGACGGUACUCAUCCGCCCCAUGUCACAUACACUUGAUUCGACUAACUCUCACUUCAAAUUCUUGUCGGCAAGAUGCACGCGACGUGGAUUGCCCGUCGUACCAGCGUUCGUCCUCACCGAUUACAAAGCCCAGGGUAAAACGUUCGUGGAAGUACUGUUGGAGCUGCGUGGAAAUCGUGUGACCAAUGGUGAACCCUCCAGGUGCGAUUUUACGAGCCUCUAUGUGCAACUGUCCAGGUGCACCUCGCUUCGGGGCAUCAAGCUUCUUGGUCCUGUGAGACAGCAUGAUUUCAUUGGCAAUGGGCUGGAUCCGGCCAUAAUUGAUGGAAUGCAGAGACUCAAGAACUUGGCCGCAGAAACGAGACGGUUAUACGAGGACCAGGGUUUCGAAAAGUAG